AUCCCAACUAAGAUCAUUUCACAUGUUCCUCUAUUGCUUAUAAUUCAAGAAAAUUGGGAUUUAAUUAUAAUGUUUCUAAUCUGUAAAUAUUAAUUUUUAUUUUUUUUCCCAGAGAAUUUGUGUUCAAGGUAUUUUAACGAAUGGUAUUCAAAUUGCUAACAAGGAGAAGAUCUGAUUUGCCCUUGUAAACCUCUUAAUCCAAGAUUUUGUCCUCGUUGAUUUUUCACUCUCUCUCCUGUCUCUCUCACUCUCUGCUAUUCUUGUUAAUAUCGUAAAGCUCUCAGUUUUAGAGAUUUACUACUGCUGACCCUUCUACAACAGCAUGGCUGAAAAACCCACUCCAGGUGAUUCAACAGACCUAUCUUCAAAUACAAAUGGUUUGUCACCAUUGAAUAGUUCACUAGUUGUUUGCUUUGGAGAAAUGUUGAUCGACUUUGUGCCGAUAGUUGGUGGAGUUUCACUUGCAGAGGCACCUGCCUUCAAAAAAGCUCCAGGUGGUGCGCCUGCUAAUGUUGCUGUUGGUAUAUCGAGACUAGGAGGUUCUUCAGCUUUUAUUGGCAAGGUUGGUAAGGAUGAGUUUGGGUACAUGUUGGCCGACAUUUUGAAGCAAAAUAAGGUUGACAACUCUGGCAUGCGGUUUGACCCAAGUGCUAGGACUGCACUGGCAUUUGUUACACUCAGAGCUGAUGGUGAGCGUGAGUUCUUGUUUUUCCGUAAUCCUAGUGCUGAUAUGCUUCUUCGUGAAUCAGAACUUGAUGUAAACCUCAUAAAAAAGGCUAGGAUUUUCCACUAUGGUUCAAUUAGUUUGAUUGAGGAACCAAGUAGAUCAACUCACCUUGCUGCAAUGGCCAUUGCCAAAGCAUCUGGCAGCAUCCUCUCAUACGAUCCAAAUUUGAGGUUGCCAUUAUGGCCAUCAGCUGAUGCUGCUCGCAAGGGCAUAUUGAGCAUAUGGGACCAAGCAGAUGUUAUCAAGAUAAGUGAGGAUGAAAUAUCAUUUUUGACUGAAAGCGAUGGUCCUUAUGAUGAUGAUGUAGUGCUAACGAAGCUUUUUCAUCCCAACCUUAAGCUUUUGCUCUUAAGUGAAGGGUCAAAGGGUUGCAGAUAUUACACUAAGCAAUUUAAGGGUAGAGUUCCUGCUGUUAAAGUAAAACCUGUUGACACAACUGGUGCGGGCGAUGCUUUUGUUGGUGGGUUACUGAAUUGCUUAGCUUCUGACAUGGACCUUUAUCAGGACGAGAAGCGGUUAAGAGAAGCUCUUCAUUUUGCAAAUGCGUGUGGCGCCAUCACGGUAACACAGAAAGGAGCAAUUCCUGCCUUACCAACAAAAGAGGCAGUCCUCCAAGUGUUGAAGAAAGAUACUGCAUGAGAAAAAUUUUCCUACGUGUUUGUUUCUUGUGUCUCAUCACUGUUAAGCAAAUGUAAUUUGGAUUUCCCUGGUGGGUUUAUGAUCUGUCUUUGUUCCUGCCCUUUUGCUGUACCUUUUUAUUUGUUUAGAUUUUUUAAGUUCUAUGGUUGGGAAGUUGUAUUAUGUCUUCAUUUGGGCUUCUUGUAUGUCUGCAUGGCCGCUUUUUCUCGGAGCUUUGGAUGUAUGGCUAAUGUGGAUAGCAACCCCGACCUCGUCCACGUAUUUAUUUAUUUACCUAUUGGACAAAAUUUAUAUAAUAAAGUAGAUUAUAA